CGGAAUCCCCGCGGCGCCCCCCCCCCCCACUCGGAGCCCCCCACUCGGAGCCCCACACUCGGAGCUCGCGUCCCAGGCCGGCGGCGCGGAGAUGGUGCAGCAGGAGGGGGACCCCCCCCACGAGGCGCACGGGCCCCCCAUGGCGCAGGGAGGAGCGGCGCACGGCGGCGGCGUCGGCGGCGGCUCCAAGAGGAAAUUCUCGUGCGGGGUGGUGGAGGGAUUCUACGGGAGACCAUGGACCAUGGAGCAGAGGAAGAACCUCUUCAAGCGGAUGCAGCGCUGGGGCCUCAACACCUACAUGUACGCGCCCAAGGAUGACAGCAAGCACCGCAUGUUCUGGCGCGAGAUGUACUCCGUGGAGGAGGCCGAUCAGCUGAUGUCUCUGAUCGCGGCAGCGCGCGAGCACGACGUGGAGUUUGUGUACGCCAUCUCGCCGGGCCUCGACAUGUCCUUCUCCAACCCCAAGGAGGUGGUGACACUCAAGCGCAAGCUGGAGCAGGUCUCUCAGUUUGGCUGCCGUGGAUUUGCCCUUCUCUUCGAUGACAUCGACCAGAACAUGUGCCCUGCCGACAAGGAGGUGUUCACCUCGUUUGCCUACGCGCAGGUGUCCGUCACUAACGAGGUCUACCAGCACCUCGGCGAGCCCGCCUCCUUCAUGUUUUGCCCGACGGAAUACUGCGGCUCCCUGUGCUACCCCAAUCCCGCGCAGUCUCCGUACCUGCAGACGGUGGGCGAGAAGCUGCUACCCAACAUCGACGUCCUGUGGACAGGACCCAAGGUGGUGUCCAAGGACAUCUCCCUGGAGUCGGUGGAGGAAGUGUCCAAGGUGCUGAAGCGCCGACCCGUCAUCUGGGACAACAUCCACGCCAACGACUACGACCAGAAGCGCCUCUUCCUGGGGCCCUUCAAGGGUCGCUCCUCGGAGCUCAUCCCCCGGCUCAACGGCCUUCUCACCAACCCCAACUGCGAGUUCGAGGCCAACUUCGUGGCGGUGCACACGCUUGCCACGUGGUACCAUUCGAACAUGCACGGCGUGCGCAAGGAUGCCGUCAUGGCAGGCAGCGAGGACAGCACGGUGUCGGUGCAGAUCAAGCUGGAGAACGAGGGCAGCGACGAGGAGCUGGAGACCGACGUCCUCUACAGCCCCCGCACGGCGCUCAAGCUCGCUCUCGUCGAGUGGCUCCACGACUUCGCCGCCCAGCAGCCCAGGAGACAGGUGACAGGGAGUGGACCCAAAACCAGCCUCAGCAACGUCAUCACCGUGUCCCUCCCGGCUGCCUCCAUGGCAACCGUUAGCACCUCCAUCUACCAGCAGCCCAUCAUGUCCUCAUCCUCCACCACCCUGCCAGCUUCCCCGGACUCCACGAUCGACCCCAAGCCGCACUUGGGCGUUGACGAGGAGGUGGAAGAGGAAGGCGGAGACCUCGUUAAAGGGGGAGACGAUGUCGAUGAUGGCGGUGGCAGCGGCGGUGCCGUCGACGACAGCGCUGGCGCGAAAACGGUGGUGGAGGAGCCCAUGGAGACGGCGGCGUGCGAGAAGCCGGACUGCGGGGACACCGUGACCGCCAGCGAGCCCCGGCCGAUGGACACCGACCUAGACGGCGCCGCGGGUGGCCCCGUGGCCACGGACGGGGGGCCCGGUGGCACCGUGGAGGUGUCCGGCGGCACCGAGGAGGGGCCCGGCGGCACCGCGCCCGCCACGCCGCCCGACCGGGAGAUGAGCCCGAUUGAUACGGAGCGUGAGGGAGUGGUGGAGGGCAGCCCGACGCAUGGCGUCAGCGAGGGGGUGAGUGAGGAGGUCGGAACACCGGCCUUCCUGCGUGGCAACAUCGAUGCCGUCGUUGUCGAGGAGGAAGAGGAUGGGAGGAGCAUGCAGGCCGAGGCGUGGCCCAUGCAGACGGACGAUGUGAUCCCGUGCGGCGGCGCCGGCACGGCGGCGGGGAGCGGGGGAAAGUCCUCGGCCGUAGAUCCGGUGACGGCCGACGACCUGGACCUCCUCGCCGACCUCUUCUACCUCCCUUACGAGCACGGGCCACGCGCAGCUCAGCUGCUGCGCGAAUUCCACUGGCUCAAGGUCAACAGCAGCGCCGUGGGCUGCAGCCGGAGCGUCGCCGAGCCCAACAAAGAGCGCGAGGAGGACUGGCGAGCCCGCGCCCUCGCCUUCGAGGAGCUGUGUAACCGCGUGACGCAGAUGUUCACACGCCUCUCCAGCAUCGCCAACCGCAGCGUCCUCUACGACCUCUACCCCUACAUCUGGGACAUCAAGGGCAUCGUCUCCAUGGUCAAGUCGUUCGUCAAGUGGCUGGGGUGCCGCAGCCAGACCCACUCGCAGUUCCUGAGCGGAGACCAGGAGCCGUGGGUGUUCCGCGGUGGUCUCGCCGGCGAGCUGCAGCGCAUGCUGCCCAUCGACGGCGCCAACGACCUCUUCUUCCAGCCGCCGCCACUGCCCCCCACGGCCAAGGUGUACACGAUUCGGCCGUACCUCCCGCAGGACGAGGCCGCCGCCUACAAGGUGUGCCGGGAGACGUACGCCGACGGCUUGGACGGCACGCAGCUCUUCCCGGACAACCCCGACCUCAUCGGAGACCGGCUGGUGGGCAGCCUGCUGUCGCUGAGCCCCGAGUAUUGCUUCGUGCUGGAGGACGAGGAGGGCGUGUGCGGCUACGCGCUGGGCUCCGUCGACGCCAAGUCCUUCUUCAGCCGCUGCGAGGUGGCCUGGCUGCCGGCCAUGCAGGACAAGUACACGCGGCCCGCCGCCACCGGGGACGACGCGCUCUCCCUCUCGCUGGAGGUGAUGCUAAGCUUCCACGAGGAAGCGCGGGUGCCCCCGGAGACGCUGGUUUCGCGCUUCCCGUCGCUGGUGCGCGUGGACAUCCACAGCCGGGUCACCGACCCCAGCGUCGCCAAGAGCAUGAUGGGCUGCCUGCUCUCGUCCCUCAAGGCCAACGGAUCGCAGGGUGCGUUUUGCGAAGUAAAGGCGAGCGACAAGGGCAACACGGAGUUCUACACCAAACUCGGAUUCUUCGAGGUCCCAAUGGCCGAGGGCUUCUGCAAAGACGCCGUCCUCCUGGGCCGCCCCAUCUGACCCCUCCGCGCCGUCCCCUGCCCCCCGUGCCGGACUGGCUCACGCGACGGGCAGCCGUGGUGGCGGCGGCGGCGGCGGUGGCGGUGGCAUUGCAGCUGGCUGGUGGAGCUGGGAUCUCCCACUCGGUUUGGCGAGUAGGGGCGGUGUGGAGGUGUGCGUAUGUGUUGCAUGGUGGCGUGUGUGUUCCAUGGCGACGUGCGCGUUCCAUGGCGGUGUGCGAGUGGGUGUGUGUGGCACGGUGUGCUGCCCUCCUCCUCCUGUCAGCAGCUGCCGGGGUUAGGCCGAGACAAACGAUUGCGAGUGUGUGCGUGCGUGAAUGUCUAUUGGGUGUAAGCGGGGAGUAAUUUCUUGCCCAAUAUUUUUCGUGUCACUCACGGACUGGAGUAGGUGGCGUGUGGCGAGUAGACAACACAUCCAUAGCCAGAGGUAUAAUGGAUGUGGUGUGCCUUGUGCGGGAAUAUGUUCUGUGUCGCCAACCAAGAUGGACUGGGUCGAAUUUAAGCUAUGGAGGUGUAAUAUUCUUGCAACGUCCGUGUGUGUGUGGGCGGUGGUGUGAGUUGUAUGCGAUGCUGUGGAUUGUGUGAGCUUUGAUGUGUGGUGCGUGUGGCGCUCUGUGUGGUGGGUGACUGGGUGGGGUGUGAGGCAUAUGGUGAGUGGUGUAUGUGGUCGGUGGUGAGGUGGGUGGUGUGUGCCAAGCAGUAUGAAUUUUGUGAGUGACGUGCGUUGUGCGUGUAUGGUGCACUGUGAGUGACGUGCGUUGUGCGUGUAUGGUGCACUGUGAGUGACGGCAUUGUGCGUGUGUGGUGCGCUGUGAGUGACGUGCGUUGUGAGUGACGUGCGUUGUGCGUGUAUGGUGCACUGUGAGUGACGGCAUUGUGCGUGUGUGGUGCGCUGUGAGUGACGUGCGUUGUGCGUGUGUGGUGCGCUGUGAGUGACGUGCGUUGUGCGUGUGUGGUGCGCUGUGAGUGACGUGCGUUGUGCGUGUGUGGUGCGCUGUGAGUGACGUGCGUUGUGCAUGUGUGGUGCGCUGUGAGUGACGUGCAUUGUGCAUGUGUGGUGCGCUGUGAGUGACGUGUGGUGCCUCGCGUACUUCCCUUGGGCAGCUGCCAUCGUGGGGAAUUUACAAAACCUGGACCCGGAGCUUUUGAUGGGCCGAAGUACCGAGUCUGGAUCUUCCACGUCAGUGUCUCCCCGUGUCUUUGCUCACCCUCCGUGCCUCUCCGAGUCUCCCCCCAGCUCCUAAUGUCUCCCAGAGUCUCCCCCCUGCGUCUCCCCCUACCGCGUCUCCGAUCACCCCUCGUGCGAUGUUCACAACCAAACUCUGAUUUUUGUUUUUAUACUCGUUCUAAGCGUUCACUAUCCUCUUCAUCCCGGAUGACGACGAUGAUGAUGAUUGUUUUUUGUUUAGCAUUCCUUGAAUUAAUUGUUCGCUAAACCUUUUUACGGAUCUCCCAUCCUGAUUUAUGAACGUGUGGGUUCCGUUGUUUUGACGGAAAUAUAAACGUUCACUGAUGACGUUGACGAUUUUGGCGAUGACUACAACAACAGCUCUGACGACGAUGGCGUUCGUGACGAUGAUGGCGAUGUUGGCUACGAUGAUGUACAGGUUGUUGGUGCUGUUGACCCAGAUCUCACUCCACUGCCCAUUGCUGCCAAGGUUGUCUCAGGCUGCCCCUGAUCCCCACUGCUGCCCCUGAUGCCCCUCUGCUGCCCCUGAUGCCCCUCUGCUGCCCCUGAUGCCCCUCUGCUGCCCCUGAUGCCCCUCAUCCACAGUGCUCAUGCCCUGCCCUGGGCAGGCCUCGGAGGUUGACUUUCCAUCAGUGCAAAGCGGUGUGGCCUGGGGUGCAGCGUUGUGACCCCAAGGUGCAGGGCGGCGUGGCGUGUGGGAUCUGGGGGACUCGUCCCGUGUACAUUACCUGUACAUACGUUCUGUGUAGUAAUAAUAAUAACGACAGCGACCACGCGGUUACCACUGUUUCUGUUCCCCUUUUUUUGCGAAUCGGAGCGUAAACGAUGAUCGUGGUGAUGACGAUACGAAUAAAAAUGUGGUGCCAGCAACAGGAAAAA